AUGGCAUACACAGUAGGCAAUUCAAGAACCCUAUUUUUGCAUCACGUUUGUCAAUGGAAUGUGCGCUUGUCUAGGGCUAAGUCAUGGGGUCCUAUUAGUGGUAGGUUGUGGGGAAUGCUAAGAUACUUUGGUGCCCUAGUUGGUCCAUUUGAGUGCUAUGGGGAUGAUAACUACCCGCGCAUGCCAUGGUUUAACCCUUUUGGUAUAACAUAUUAG